AUGGAGCGCCUUGAGUGGCAAGAGAUGGAGAACUACGAAAGAUUCUUGCACAGGACAUCAGAAUCAGGCUUUCAGAAGACUGACUUAGCUGCACACAAUACACCGGACUGGAAUGGGGUAAACACUGUCAGUGAACAAUUUCCUGAUGACUGGUCCAAAGUCUGCAUUUUAACCCCUGUAUCCCCACAGGCUUACCUGAUCUACUCCAGCAGCGUGGCAGCUGGUGCCCAGAGUGGUAUUGAGGAAUGCAAAUACCAGUUUGCCUGGGACCGCUGGAACUGCCCUGAGAGAGCCCUGCAGCUGUCCAGCCAUGGCGGCCUUCGCAGUGCUAAUCGGGAGACAGCGUUUGUACACGCCAUCAGUUCUGCUGGAGUCAUGUACACUCUGACUAGAAACUGCAGCCUUGGGGAUUUUGACAACUGUGGCUGUGAUGACUCUCGGAACGGGCAACUGGGAGGUCAAGGCUGGCUGUGGGGAGGCUGCAGUGACAACGUGGGCUUCGGAGAGGCAAUAUCCAAGCAGUUCGUCGAUGCCCUGGAGACAGGACAAGAUGCCCGGGCUGCCAUGAACCUGCACAACAACGAGGCCGGCCGCAAGGCGGUGAAGGGCACCAUGAAACGCACGUGUAAGUGUCACGGCGUGUCUGGCAGCUGCACCACGCAGACCUGCUGGCUGCAGCUGCCCGAGUUCCGCGAGGUGGGCGCGCACCUGAAGGAGAAGUACCACGCAGCUCUCAAGGUGGACCUGCUGCAAGGUGCGGGCAACAGUGCCGCCGGCCGCGGCGCCAUCGCCGACACCUUCCGUUCCAUCUCCACGCGGGAACUGGUGCACUUGGAGGACUCCCCGGACUACUGCCUGGAGAACAAAACGCUAGGACUGCUGGGCACCGAAGGCAGAGAGUGCCUGCGACGCGGGCGGGCCCUGGGCCGCUGGGAGCGCCGCAGCUGCCGCCGGCUCUGUGGGGACUGCGGGCUGGCGGUGGAGGAGCGCCGCGCAGAGACCGUGUCCAGCUGCAACUGCAAGUUCCACUGGUGCUGCGCGGUCCGCUGCGAGCAGUGCCGCCGGCGAGUCACCAAGUACUUCUGUAGCCGAGCCGAGCGGCCGCGGGGGGGCGCGGCGCACAAACCCGUGCGAAAACCCUAAGGGUCUCUCUCCUCUCCUUGCUCCUUUCCCCAUUUUUCCUUGACUUGUUUUAGAGACCCCAGUACUAGGGAAUGGGGAUCCCGCACUCCCAAGCCCAGGGAUCCUGAGAGAGACACUGCAAUCUCCUGAGUUUGUCACUUUCCAACCUGUUCCCCCAAUUUCGCUGCAUUCCCUGGAGCUGUCUGAAACGUCCUCACCGCCCACAUUUAGAUCUGAGAACUCUUGAGAUUUUGAGCUACUGAUCUUCAUUGGACGAGGUUGAGAAUAGAAGUUCCCCCCUCCCCUUCCCAGCUAUCCUAACUCCUUAGGAACAGGAAGACCCCUUCUCAAAUAUGCAGGGCCCGCGGGUAAAGCCAUGGCUUCUCUUUUGCUCAUUUUCUUGUCCUCCACCCCAUUUUUUGCUGCCAGGCCUCUACCACAGCCGCAUCUUCCUUCUACAAUAGAGCUACUCCUGUGCUUGAUUUCCUGCUAACUGUUGGCAUAGACUCCCCAGGGAAUCUCUAAUGCUUUCUCUCCCCUUGCCCUUUUCCCUCUUUCCGUGAAGAGAAACAGAAAACUGACCCAGGAAAACGCAUGGGGACUGGUUCCUAGAGGCAGGGGUUGAAGAAGGGAGUGGAAACCCUAGCAUGCUGCCUUGCUGAAAACGGAGGGUGCUACUCAUCUUCGCAACACCGUCUCCAGGGGACUUGACCAGUGGGGCAAUGAUCCUCCUAGACAAUCACCUAAGGUGCUCCACUUACCCACAAUGUCAAAGAACUAGUGAGGUCAGAUUAGCAGUCAUUUCCUACCCUUUCAAGUAACCUUCUCCUAACCUAUUUCCUCCUAGCAACCAACUUUACCUCUUGUCCUUCCACAAAGGAUCCUUGUGCCUGAGCCAAGCCUGAGCUCAAUAAAGCCAGUUUCCCAUUUGGACCCUGGUUUGCACCUCUAAAAGGCAGGUCAUAAGGAAAAAGGAGCUAGGACCCUUCCUUUUCACUAACCUGGUUCUCAAACAGGCAGGAUUUGGGGCCUUGGAUAUUUUCCUUCAAUAAGUAAACUUCCUGCAAUGAAACUGUUGCUAAUAGGAAGUUCAGCACCUUCCAUUUUUAAUUUAUUGCAGUCACUGUAGUAUGUGUCUUUCCCCACGCAUUGAACUCAUUCAACAUAUCUCAUCUUGGAGAUAUAGGGGCGGGUGGGUGGAAGAUGUAACCUUGAGGCCCUCCCUUUACUUCCACCUUGCCAGAAUACCACCAUCCUUAGCGCCUUUCUUCCCUGAUGGCAUAAGUAGUUAUCCUGGCCCUACUGAGGCUAAUCUGCUAAGGAUUAGUAAAUCAUCCACAUAAUUCUUCCUCUAAUACAUUCACUCAGCAGCUAAGAGCUUGCUGCUUGUGGCGCUUCAGUCUCCCGGUUCUGAGAGAGACGCCGUACAGCAGGGACUUGCUUAUGAGACGGCUCUGGGAAGGGAAGAGCCAAUCCCUGACACAUCAGCAGCCCACGGAGCUUCCCAGCCAUUGCCCUUCCCCUCGGCUGCUCCUGGGUCUGCUCUUCAGGAGCGCAACUGGUCAAAUGCCAGACCCCCUCAUCCUGCCUCUCCCAGAGCAAGAACGAACAGAGGAGGUGUGGCUCCAAGAAUAAAACAGGGGCUGAGUGAGGCUCUAAAGGCCAGCCUGGGAGUGUGGAAGGGCUCCCAUAUAUAUCCAAAUUGAAAUGGUGGCCAGGUCAGACGCCAAAGCCCUGGCCUCACGCCUACACAUCUUCUGGUCUUAGUAACACUUACUGAAAGGUUCCCCUUCCUUCCUUAUAGGGGACACACUUCCCUUCAGGGUCUCCUAGUGCUUCUGUUCCAGCUCUAUCAGCAAAAGGCUUUUGCUUCUUCCCUCAGCUUUGAUCUGGGCCUCUUACGUUUCCCAACUCACCCUUCUUCCUUCACGAAGCAGCAGCAUCUACCAGCCUGGCUAUCCCCUUUGGCAGAAUGAUUUGAUACUGUACAGUAAGAAACCUGGCAAGAGCUAGAAAAUAUACAAGUACAAGGAAAGGAAAGCUGCCUUCUUGUAAAGGAAAGCCGCGUUCUCCAGGAGGUCUCUCAGCAGAAAAGCAGGGGAAACUAUUGUGCUUCGUAUUUGAUAACUCCAGGUCAGUACUCUUAAACAUGUCUUGCUGCCAGAAAGUUCUUUCCCAGGUUAUUGUUUUGCAUUCCCAAAUGGAGAUGAUUGAUACCAGAUUCAUUUGAGUUCUAGAAAGGAAACAUGACUGAGCUACCUUAGACCUUUAGUGCUUUUCCCCCUCCUGCAUUAUCCAUUCAUUCAUUUGUUCACUCAGCAAACACACAGGAGUGGAAAUAGAGUGGUGAGCAAUACAUGGCCCUCCCUGCAAUCAUGGAGUUUAGGUUCUCCCUUAGACUCAAUCACCAGGGCUGUGUUCUCCUUCACAGACGAGGACAACUCCAGAACGAACAGCUGCUUGGGAAGGCACUUUAAGGUCAGCUAGUCAAACUUUUGUUUUAUAGAUUUAAACCGAUGCUAAGAAGUCUGGCUUGUUCCACCAACUAGCAAGUGACCGUGGUGGGGUGCGUACUGGAACCCAGGCCCCUUCCCUCCUCUAGUGUGCUCUUUAGGAGCCCAUCUGGAGUCCUCAACCAGAGGACAGAAACAGAGGGAGGUCCUAAGAAGUGACAAGGACACUGGUUGGGGGGUGGGGUGCAAAACACUGUCUUCUUCCUGUCCCUGGCCUCUAAGCAUAUACACAGGCAGGGCUUUCUUUUCUUGAAAAGAAUCCCAGCCUCAACUGGCCUGAGCAGCAGGUUAGGGCAAAGACACAGACAGGGUCGUGCUCAGCGCUGGUGGUGCUGGUGGUGGUGGGAGGGAAGGGCAGGCCAGGGCACUCGCCUAUUGUGGGUCUGGAUUGGAUGCUUCCACUCAUUCACUUCCUUUUAAUUAACCCGCAUUCCUGGAGGAGAAAUAUUUAUGUUGGCUCCCAUAGAGGCAAUCUGCAGACUGGAAAGAAGGGGGAAGAAAGCCUGCCUUCGCAAAACAAUAUCUCUAAAGAGCUCAGAAAGAGAAAAUAAGA